AGUUCUGAAGUUUCUAUAAACAACAAAAUCGAAAUAUGAUAAAAAUCGAUAUUAGAAUUAAUAUUUACUUGACUAGAAGUCAGUAAAACAAUAUAUAUUAAUAUGGCUACAGCUGAGGAAGAACAUAAAGCUACAGAUGUUUUAAUAAAAUCUCAUUAUGAUCAAGCUACGAGACACAUAGGUAAAGGAAUAACAUGUGAUGAAAACAAUGACAAGGAACAAGCAAACACUUAUUAUAAUAAAGCCUUAAGGAGUAUCGAUGUUGGAUUAGCUAUGAAGAUUUCUAACUCUUCUCCCAAUGCUGAGAGGUCAAGGCAACUUCAUGAAAAACUCCAGAAGUUAAAGGUUCAAGUUAAGAAAAGGCUUGAAGCUUUAAACACAGAUGUAAAAGAACGAGGAAAACCUCCUGCAAGACCACCUCCGCCAAUUCAUGUGAACUCACAAAAGAAAAUUCCCCACAGUUACAUUCCAACUGUGACCAACAAUGAACAAGGCAGUGUCCAGAGUUGGGAAGAUGCAAGAGAAUUAUUUUCUGUUGGAAAUAGUGUAAAUAUGUUUUUUGUGUCAAAAGAAGGAAAUGUAACAACUUUACAUCAGCCUCAAACCCUUCGUGCCUUGCAACUAGUAAAUGAAUCCUCAGACUCGUCUAGCCCAACAGUCUUUCUACAAUGUGGAUCGUGGGUAUUUCCUUUGGUUCCUGGACGAUCUCCUGUGUUAAAAACUGAAGAUAGAACUUUCAUGAUUCCAGACAUAAAUCUGGAUGGUGAAGAGACAUCGAAAGGACAAUUGACCGAAGGAAAGUUCCCAACAGUCGGACUAGUGUUCUCUUCAGACGUGAGCGAAGGCCAGGUUAAGAGAUUUGAGAGAAUUUUAAAGUGCUAUUCAGAUUACAGACAUUAUACCCCAGAAUGUAGUAGUCAAGAAAAUGAUAGAGCAGAAAGAAUUGUUCCAACAGCACCACCUGCAGAACAACCUGAGACAAUGACACCAGAGAGCGAAGACACAAGAACAGCACUAGUUCCAGUCGGCGAUGAGAGUCUCACGCCCUCUAGUGACGAACAGCACUCAACCUGGGGAGCAAAGGUUUCAAGGGGCAUUGAAGUUGGGGCUGUUCUCAUCUCGUGGGGUUUGAGCAAAGGUGCUACAAUUGGUGGAAAUCUAAUUAAUCAAGGAUCGGAGAAGCUUCGUGGAAAAAUAAAACCAAACGAAGAGUCAGCGAAGAUUGAUCCGAAAAUUGAAGAUAAUGUACGGCAAAUUAAAACAGCUACAGGUGUUGCCUGUCAGGUAUCGUCAGCAAUCGUAUCUGCAGUUUCAGCCUUAACCUAUCAACUUGGAAAACAACUUGCCCCCAUCAUUGUCGAGCAAGGUUCUAAGCUACUUCCACAAUCUGCAAAACAAAACAGUAGCGAUGGAAAAGGUCACAUUCAAGAAGUAAUGAAAGUGGCAGUCGGUGGUGUUCAAGGCAUCGCUGUUGUUCAUGAGGGAUUAACGAAUGCGUGGAAAAUCUUGUACUCUAGUCUCUCUCAAGCGACGGUUACAACAGUUGAUCAUAAGUAUGGAGAGCAAGCUGGGAGAAUUACUGGCGAUGCCAUGGGAGCUGUUGCUAAUGCAGUUGAAGCUUAUCAUAAUGUCAAUAAUCUUGGAUACAAAGCCAUAGCGAAGAAAGCAGUGAAAGACACUGGAAAAGAAUGCUUGUAUGAUGCGAAUAAAAAGAUAUCAUGAUGAUAUACGCAACACAAUUUACAUUGCGCUUCCUUUUUUCAACUUGAGCGCACUACUGGAUGUAAUUUAAUUUUAUUUAUAUAUUUUCAAUAACGGAGGAGACUAAGAAGAGGUUUAUGAAAAGAGGUAAUCCACGAUUACGGAGAUGAUGUGUAGGCUGUAAAAUUUUCCAGAAUGCGUGACUAGAAGAAACAACGAGAAGAAUUUUAAAUGCAUGAAAUUUUAACCCGAAAGGGUUAAAUUAAGCAUCUUUUUCAUGUCCGCCCUUCAAAUUGGUCAGCUCGCUUUUAUAGACAAUUUCGCACUGCAUGAUUCCUGGAAAAUGUACAUCCGCUAUCUCUUCUGUAAUCUAAGAUUGUAAAACACGGUAUCGCUCGACUUAUACUUACUGGGUGAGUAAAGCUGAAGAAACAACUGAGAGCUUCCAAGAGAAGCAAAAAGGGGAACGAGGAGAACAAAAUUUAUGUUUUAUGUACAUUAUUUAAUGAUUCAUAACUUAGGUUAAAUGGCAAUAGCUUUUUGGCAAAUUUGCAUAUAAAUAUAGUUUUUUACUCACCCUGUAAAGGUUUGCCAUAUUACUGGUUAAGGGAGAUUAUUUAAAGCGACUGGAAAAAUUGCAAUGACAUUGUGAACGUAGAUAAAGUCAUCCAAACCACAAGAAUAUAUAUCCACAAUAUUUUAUACAAAAGUACUUGCUGUAACAGCAUAUUUGAAGUAUUAGACAUAGUUUACCUGUUUUUAUACUUAUACUUUUACUUUUAGUGCUUCUUUAAUGCGAAUACAAGUUUAAGUGAAAUUCA